AUGGAGCAGUCGCCAGAGGAUCCUUUCGCUACUAGAGGCAUCGCAAAACUCUCCAAGUCCAAGUCCUACGACCGAUGGCUCCUCGACCCGCAGAAGCCACUGAAGGGGCUACAGCAGCCGCCACCCAAUCGCAUGGGUCAAUGGGCGGCAAUCGCCGUCGCUUCCCUGCUCUUCUCUCUCAUCCUCCUCAAUCCGACGGUUGUUGACGACGCUUUCUCAAUCAUGAUGAGGCCAAUCAGUCCCAGCCACGUGGUGGUCUUUACACGCGGGCUGGCGACGCUUCAAUGGUGGGAGGACCAGUACCCUCCUCCGCUAUCGCCGCCGGAAAACGCGGAGCUCAAGGAGCAACAACCAGGACAUAUUCAAUGGAAGACGUUUAGAAUAACGCGCGUCGCGGCGUUCAACGUCGACAGAAGAAUCAUCAAGCAGACUAAGCAGGCGGGCUUUCAACUCGUCCCGCUCGCCGCGCCGCCGCUUCUUAAAGACCUAACGUGGGAUGACAUUUUCGCGGACCGGUUUGACGACGACCCAACGCCGCAGUGCCCGAAGCUGCCGCUACCCAAAUGGUCGCAGGAUCUUCGCACGGUCGACGCAAUGAUCGCACACAUGCCGUGCCAACCAGUAAACGGGUCGUUCGCGAGGGACGUGAGAUGGCACCAUCUGGUGCUUACAGUCGCCGAAUAUGUCAAACAGUCCGCACGCCCCUGGAUGCCCGUUGUCGUUCUCUCUGAAUGCCGCCCGCCGCCCAACCUCUUCCAUUGCAACCGGCUUGUACACCGCGACGGGCCCGUCUGGCUGUUUAACUUGACGGUCGCCGAUAUGCGCCGCCGGCUGCAGCCCGUCGGGAACUGCGCGCUCGCCACCCCGGAACCCCAGCUGCUGCCAGGCCAGCUGCCCGAUCAGCAACCUGCCGCUGCGCGCCGACUUGCGUACGCCACAGUGUUGCACAGCAAGGAGGACUACGUGUGCGGCGCGAUCGCGCUGGCGAACAGCCUCCGGCGGAGCGGCACGCGCGCGGAGCUGGUAGCGCUGGUUUCCGCGGAGAUCGGGAACUUCAGCCGCGGAGGCCUAGAGGCGGCCGGGUGGCGGCUGAUCGAGAUUGAGAGGAUUCGCAAUCCGUUCGGACGCGCGGGCACAUACAACCAGUGGAACUACAGCAAGCUCCGAUUAUGGCAACUGACGGAGUACGCUAAGGUGGUGUUCGUGGACGCGGAUAUCCUCGUUCUAAGAAACAUGGACCACCUGUUCGAGUACCCCGAGCUGUCGGCGCGCAGCAACAGCCGGCGCUUCUUCAACUCGGGCGUGAUGGUGAUCGAGCCGUCGCAGUGUACAUUCGAGCUUAUGAUGGAAAACAUUGAACUGAUUCAGUCCUACAACGGCGGCGAUCAGGGCUUCGUGAACGAUCUUGCCUCUGGCGCUAUCGCUGCCGCUUCCAGCCCGGCUCAGAGGACGAACCUCAAGUCCUCGUUCGCAGGUGUGCGCCAGCAAUCAGCCAAUGCUGCAUUCGGCGUCAGAUCCACUGCUCGCACAGUCGCGUUCUUCAAGCUCGGCGGAGAGAGCGCCAAGAGCGCCGGCAUCUUUGCGAGCCAACUUCGCGAUGACUAUGACGCUGAUGACGUUGCCCACUACUUUAACUACUCCGGCAUGCUCGCCGCCGAGGGGACGUACGAGAAGAUGGAGAAGAUGAUCGAGUCCGGCACGCACGCGUGCGACAUUCUGCUCAUGAUGGCUGCGUCGGAAGGCGACGUGCGGAAGAUCGAGGAGCUCCUGUACGCCGGUGCGCGAUGCGACGUGCCCGACUGGGAGGGACGGACGGCCCUGGACCGCGCGUGCAACGACGAGGUCAGGGAGAUGAUUCAAAAGGGUGCUCUGACUGAUGCCAUUUAA